AUGGAGCGCAUGAGGAGCAUGCAGAUGCGCCAGUCGAAGGGUUAUUCGGUGUCGGUCUCCCCGGGCAUCCGCCUCAUGUUCCGCCCCGACGGCCUCGGCAACGCGCAGUUCUUCUCGCGGCGCGAGGUCGGACCUCCUCACAACCCGAACGAGGUCUCCGUGGCUCUCCUCAACGACGGCAACGUGGCGGACCCCUACCUGAAGCAGCCGAAGGAGACCACCCCUGAUCAAGUUCCAGCCGACGAUCAGUUUGGACAUCAGCAAAUGAUGACGCGGGUUGAGUGGUGCGCCAGAGCCUCCUCGGGGCCCGCGGCCUGUGCCGAGCACCGCAGUGUCACGUGCUCCGAGCACUGCAGUCUGCGGCGCCACGGCUCAGCGUCGGCCGGUGCAGGUGUGUGUGUGGCUGGCGCCCUCCUGUCCGAGCCCUGGCGCCCUCCACAUCGGCGCCACCGUCGGUGCAUCGCCAGUGCAUCGGCGAUCCAGCGCGGCCCCGGGCCCCUCGUCUGCCUCCGUCCCCGCGCUUGGGGAGGCCAGGACUGGUGCAGGCGCACUGUCGGCGCCCUUCUGCCAGGGCCGGCGUCGGCGCGCCAUGUCAGCGCCUUCUGCGACGGUCUCCACUCACCGGCGCCAUCAUCGGUGCACCGUCGGUGCAUCGGGGCUCCAGCGCGGCCCAGGGCUCCUCGUCUGCCUCCGUCUCCGUCUUCUUCUUGCUCCUCCGCUUCCCUCCGAUCCUGCCCGCUUCAACGCCGUUGGGUACAGAGCGCCGCCCUGGGCGAGCCUCGUCACGUUUCCGAUUCGCCCCGCCGCGCCGCUGGGCGACGCGCCCCGAGAGAGAGUUUCUAA